ACACAGCUACUUAGCUGGGUAAUUAGCUGGCCCGUUGAGCGUUGGACUUCAUUAUCCAUAUAAUUCAUUGACAUUUACUGGUUUUAUUUAUCACAAACUGCAGCAUAAAUGUUGUAAAAAAUAAUAAUAUUGUCAUUUCAAUGGCGUUUAAUGGCCACCAACGCGACGAUGAAACCACCGACGAAGACGAAACGCCCACGAAGCAUCCGCGCUCUGCCAAAGAGAUGCCCGGUUGUUUCAGAAGCGACCCCAACAAUGAGGCAGCAGCGGCCGCCGAGCGAACCACAUUCGACCGCCGAACCUCCAACUCAACGGCAAGGACUCGGAGCGACUCGGUGAAGAAAACAAGGCCGCCAUUUCCCUGGUUUGGGAUGGACAUAGGAGGCACUCUGGUGAAGCUGGUGUACUUCGAACCCAAAGACAUCACAGCCGAGGAGGAGCAGGAAGAGGUGGAGAACCUUAAGAGCAUCCGGCGCUACCUGACCUCUAACACCGCUUAUGGCAAAACAGGCAUCAGGGACGUGCACCUGGAGCUGCAGGACCUGACGCUGUGCGGCAGGACGGGCAACCUGCACUUCAUUCGCUUCCCAACGCAUGACCUUCCGGCCUUCCUGCAGAUGGGCCGCAACAAGCACUUCUCCAGCCUCCAUACCACCCUCUGUGCCACUGGAGGGGGGGCGUACAAGUUUGAGUCUGAUUUCCGCACGAUGGCCGACCUGCAGCUUCACAAGCUCGACGAGUUGGACUGUUUGAUCCGAGGGGUGUUGUACAUCGACUCGGUGGUGUCCAGCGGCCCCUCGGAGUGCUACUACUUUGAAAACCCCACGGACCCAGACCGCUGCGUUCAGAGGCCCUACACACUGGAGAACCCUUAUCCCCUGCUGCUGGUCAACAUAGGGUCCGGGGUCAGCAUCCUGGCCGUCUACUCUGAGAACAACUACAAACGAGUCACAGGGACAAGCCUCGGUGGUGGGACCUUCCUGGGCCUUUGCUGCCUGCUGACCGGCUGCUCCUCUUUCGAGGAGGCCCUACAAAUGGCUUCAGAAGGGGAGAGCACCCGUGUGGACAAGCUGGUUCGGGACAUCUACGGAGGAGACUACGAGAGGUUUGGACUUCCAGGCUGGGCUGUGGCCUCAAGUUUUGGCAACAUGAUGUCCAAAGAUAAGAGGGAGUCAGUGUCCAAAGAGGACCUGGCCAGAGCAACACUGGUCACCAUCACUAAUAACAUCGGCUCCAUCACCCGAAUGUGCGCUCUCAACGAGAACAUUGAGAGAGUGGUGUUUGUGGGCAACUUCCUGAGAGUGAACACCCUCUCUAUGAAGCUGCUGGCCUACGCUAUGGACUACUGGUCCAAAGGUCAACUCAAAGCCCUCUUCCUACGGCACGAGGGUUACUUUGGAGCAGUCGGAGCCCUCCUUGAGCUCCUGCAUCCUUCUUAAUCCGUCCAACUUCACCCAAAGAAGCACUUGUCAAUCUGCUGCAAAGACCAUUCGCACUUUAGACCGCUAAGAGUCAUUUCCACAGUAGGACUUUUUACGCUCGGCCACCUGCCAGUUACUGCGAAAUUUCGGUUGCGGCCGGCAAACUGUCACACACAACAUUUGGAGGUCCUAAUUAUUAUGCUCUCAAGCAAUCAAGUUGAUUUGUAAAAUGGUGAAAGUGGCUUCUGAAUUUUUGACACACACCAGCUGUUGUGGUCAGUGGUUGAAAACCGGUUUCCUGCUCGUACCAAAAGUCCUACGCAGAAGCCAUCGUCUGCAGGACUUAGUAGAAACGAGUCGAGCCGUGUCUAAAACGUUUCUCAAGGAAAUUCACCACGGUUGCCUGAAAUACUGAAGAUAGAAAAAGUACUUUGAACGUACCCGUCGUCAUAGUUUUGACUUGUAGACUGCACUUAGCCCUCAGUGGUCGUGGUCCAAAUAUUGGAAAGUUGUUUUUUUUUUUACAUGGUUAAUUUACUUUACUUAGGUACCAGAUGGAUGGGAGUGAGUUUUUAAAUUGAAUGAUACUGUUAAUGAUUCAGUAUGUACCUCGGUUCUGGGGUCAUGAUUCAGGAACAGUAGAAAAAGAAAGAAAGAUAAACAACAUGGCGACUUAUUGGAUGUAAAUGUUACUGAAACAGGUCAGUUUUUAGUUUUACUACAGAUGAAAAGGAAAACAACCUCUCUGUCUCUGCAUGGCGUCCGGACACCUGCAGCUUUAUGUUGAUUUAUAGUCUUAAGUGUCUAUAAAGUAGUUGAAUCCAGCUCCAGCAGCUACAACAGUUACAUGCACCAGAGGGACCAAACCUGCUAUCAUACAUACAUGAGCAUGCUAAUCCUUAGUGGUGCACUGCUAAAAACUUGCCCUCUAGAGUUAUUGUUCCACACCUCCAGAGUUAGAGCAUUACUGAAGUAUUUUAUCAGUAACUGUUUGAGUCACGGAGCGAACCGAGCAUCCUGUUAUUCAACAGUUCUGCACGAAUACACGUACUGUUACAGCCCUACUAUGAGUGUUUACAUUUCUGGUGCUAGAAAGUAAAUAUUUUAACAAAAGCAUGAGCGAGUGACGAGAGAGCACAGACAAUGAAUUUAAAUCUAUUGCAAAUUUCUAUACUUUUAUGACAUAAGAAAUAAGCCAAAAAUGCAUCAACGCAACAUCUCCAAAGGCAAAAAUCACCUCUUUGAAAUCCAGAAAACGAUUCUUAACCCAAAGAUAUUGAGUUUACCAUCAAAUACAACAAAUCGUCUCAUUUGAGGGACUGGAACCAAGAAAUUUAACACAAAACUACCAAAGAUUGUAGCUGAUAAUUUUCUGUAUUAACUCUGUCUGGUGCUCCCAUCCACCUGCUACUCCUGGUAAGUUAAAACAAGACAUUAAGAAACAUUUACCACUGCUUCUUCUUUGUUUGUUUACUAUUAUAUUUGAGCCAUUAUCGUCAUUGUCACUACUUUAAACAGUUGAUGCAAAAAUACAAACAAGCAAGUUUUCAACACUGGAUUUUUAUUUAAACUCAAUCUCUCAUCAUCACAGUUACAUCAGUCUUAAUGCUUUAAAGGAGAAAUGAAUUGUUACUUAUGGAGACUGUGGAUUGUUUCUGCCUCUGUAAAGGACAUAAUGUACUGUUACAGUCGUUAUUUCACUUCAGAUGUUCAUAUUUGUGAAGUUUUAAUAACCAAACUUUUCUCCUGAGCUGUAUCUAGGAAAUCGGUACAAUCAGUGUCGCCCCAGUGAGCCCCAAACAUCUGCCCCGCUGAAAAUAUUCAUGAAUGUGUAAAAGUUAGGGCUGAAUUUCUCCCAAAAAUUAAAGGUCAGUGGUACGUUCAAGUGUGUCGAAUGUAGUGAACUGUCUGUGUUUUUAAUUUAAUGUUCGUCUCGGUCGGUCAGUCUUAAAGCUUUUGUUUUUUUCUGAGACAUUUAGUCAAGUAGAAACCUUGUGUCUCUGAUGUGUCACGAGGGUUGUGAUUGGUCCCAUUAUUUCAUUUUAAUGCACAUCCGUCCCAUUUACAUGUUUGUUUUCAGUACCUAUCAAAUGGCAUCACAGGGACCAUGUAAACUUAUCUUAAAGAGAUGAUAUUUGACUCCCAAAAUUCAGUGGACACAGUUUUUUUUAAAGCUGUCAGCUACCAGAUGAAGUAUCUACGAGUUCAGGAGUUGAUUUUAACUGAAGUGCCUGUCGUGUUUUCUUUGUAUAAAAUACAAUAAGUAACGUUUUCAGUAAUGUGAUUUUAAAAUGAGACACUGAUUGGUUGCUUGUACAUUGCAAAGAAAACUUUGUUCUCUCUUAUUUUCUUUUUUUUGUAACUGUCAUUUCUUACUGAAGUUUCCUGAUUAAACGCGAAUAU